CGCCCGCACCACCUGUCGCCCGCCGCGCGGCGGGGAGCACUGCAGGGGACAUGGGCUGGUAGCGCGCCCCGGGAGACGGUGCGGGGUUCAGUCCCGGGACGGCCCUUACCCGGUGCCCGCGUGGCCUGCGGCAGCAUGAAAAAGAACCAGACGGUGCAGGGCACCUUCAGCAAAAUCUUCGGCAAGAAGCAUGCCAACCCCAACAGCACCUCCCUGUACGUCACCAAUCCCCCCUGGAUUUUCACCCAAGAGGCCCCGGAGGAGGGGACCAGGGGCUUCGAUGGAAUCUCUUACGGAGACAAUCGUUUUGACACAGUGAGCGAGUCAGGAACAGCCACGCUGAAAGCCCGGCCCAGAGUCCGGCCCCUCCUGACCUUCCUUCCGCUGAAUGCCCAGGAGAACCAUGGACUGGCUGUGCCCACCCCGUCUGUCCCAGAAGACUUUGCAGACAAAGAAGUGACAGGGACCAGCUCACUAGUCAAUGGCAACCUCCGACUGUACAGCUCUGUAGGAGACCUAAGGCCUGGGCACUAUGGCCAGGACCCACCCAUCCCCCCACCUCCCCCAGGCCCAGCCCCAGGGCCACCCCCAGGGCCACCCCCAGACACCUCGCAACCUCGAGGGGAUUCACCACCUUUUCCACUACCCAUGGCUUCCUCACCACCCGUCCUGCUGCUGGAGCCCCCACCCCCACCCAGCAUGGCCCCACCCCCACCCCCAGUAUCAGGGGCCCUAUCCCCCCCAUCCACUCCCACCCCUCCUGAUUUCAUUCCCCCAGCCCCACCCUUGGCCUUUGUAGCCCCACCCCCACCCCCUAUGCCAGCCCCAGCACCCCCAGCUCCAGUGUCUCCUCACACUAUGAGAACUGACCUCUAUCCCCCUGCGACUGUCACCAAGUGGAAAUCAGAGGUAGCACUGAAUGGCAAGCAGCCAGAGGCCCCAGGAACCAGCCCCCCCAGGAGCCCUGCUGAGCCAAAGGGGAGCCAGCUGGGACCUAAACCAGAGCCCCACCUCACCUUCCCCCGUUCAUUCAAGGUGCCUCCCCCAACCCCAGUCAGGACUUCAUCCAUCCCGGGUCAGGAAGCACAAGGGGCUCCUCCAGAGGAAGAAGGGGCCACCAAGAAGGCUCCCGGCCAACCCCCACUGCCUCCCAGCUUCCACAUCCGCCCCGCAUCUCAGGUCUACCCAGACAGGGCCCCUGAACCCGAUCGCCCCUGGGAGCCCAGGACUGUGGCGCCUGCCAGCCCGAGGCUGAGCCAGUCCCAGACCAGGACAAAGGAACAAACUGAAGCUCCACCCCCAAACUCUCCCCUGCUCCUCCCCACACCCCAGCUCCCUCCUCUGCCCUCUGCUGAGAAGGCGGCCCCUCCACCUGCCAGGUUUAUGAAAAGCCCCAAGUCCAGCUCUCCUCUCCCCAAACCCAAACCCAACCCUCCCAGCCCAGAGGACGCAGCCUCUUCAGAGCCUGUGGACUGGCGGGAUCCCGGUCAGAUGGCAAAGCUUCGGAGCGAGCUGGCAGCCUACCUCUUUGGCUCCAAGAGAGAGGACCCCUCCAUCAGUCACAGGCCGGGCCCAACAGCAGCCUCUCAGGGAAAGGAAGGCAAGAAGGGCCCCAGCCUUCCGGAGAAGGAGAUCCCCCCAAGGGGUCCUGGGAAGAGUCCCUGUCCAGAGAGAGAGACUGCCGCCAGCCUGGCCCUGCCACCUGUGGACUACAUCCCGGAGGACUCUCCGACCCGCAGUGUCCAGCAGAUCCGGAAUGAGCUGGAGGCUCGGCUCUCCUCCGCAGAAAAGGAAUCCAAGCCCAGCGUAGGGUCUCUGCCUCCUAAACCUCGGCUAGAAGGAGGAAGAAUCUUUGAAAACAGAGCCGAUAAUGGCCAAUUCUCUAAGCCUGUGGCCAAGAAUAUGUCGCCACUAUCUCCCACCCCUCUGCCAACCACACCACACCAACCCAAAGCUGUGCCUGGGCCAGCCACGCCACCCAAGGACACACCUGGGCCAGCCACACCACCCAAAGCUGUGCCUGGGCCAGCCACACCACCCAAGGACACACCUGGGCCAGCCACACCACCCAAGGACACACCUGGGCCAGCCACACCACCCAAAGCUGUGCCUGGGCCAGCCACACCAUCUGCAGCCACAACUGUGCCCACCACAUCAUCUCGAACGAUAGCAGGGAAGAACCUAGCCCCAGCUGAGCAGUGGAAGAAACCAGAAGUUCCAGAAUUUGCAGUGCCUUCCCAGCCAGAGGCAGAACGGUGCGCCUCCGAGGCCAGGGAGCCUCCUCCACAGGGAGCCCUCUCAUCUCCAGCCCUCCCACCAAAGAGAUCCCCGGGUAGAGGAGAUGUGACAUUUCUCUACAAGCCCCAUCGCAGCCAGAACAGCCUCAGCCAGGAGGCUGCCUCGGAGGUGAAGGAGCCCCAGGGGCUGCCAGCCAGGCCCCCAGCCUCAGCCCAGCCUGCCGAUGGGCUCCUCAGGCACCCCGUGACCGGGGAGGUGGUGGAGCAGGGCUCCCCAAUGGCCCUGCUCCUUGCAGCCAGGCAGAGGGCACAGAAGGGGCGGUCCCGAGGGGCUGGCCUGGGGCGGUCCUCCCUGCCAGGGAGUCUCCGUGGCCAGCCCCAGGCAGGCUCUGACAGCAUCUUCCCCAAGGAGGGCCAGCCCAACUCCUUCACUGUGGUCCCCAAGUUACCCACAGAGGCCGAGAAGGAGCCCCAGCUGACCUCAGCGCUGCCCACCCUGCCCAGUCCGUGGAAGGCCCAGUGGAACAGAGACCCAGAGGACCCAGAGCCAAGCCAAGGGCACAAAUGGACCAAGGCUGCGCCCCAGGCGCCUGCGGCCUGGGAAAGGUCAGCGUCCUCCAGCCUCCCCCAGGGUCGCCUGCCACCCAAGUCCUUCUCGUCCCCUUCCUCUCCUUCCUACAAGAGGGAGGAGGAGAAGUUCAGCUUCGAGGUCAUCCCCCCACCGCCAGAGUUCAGCAAUGACCCUGAGCCUCCAGCCCCGGCCUUCCAGUACCUGGGCCGCCAGGGCUCCCCUCACCGGAACAAGUUCUCAGACUUGGGGCAGCCCCUGGACACGCGCCCCUUUCUGGCGGCCGAGCGCUACUCGGGGGGCGGCGGCCUGCAGCGCUUCUCGGCCGGGGGCCGCUCGCUCAUCAAGAAGCGCCUGUACGUCGGGGAGCCCGACCGGGGCCCCGGGGUGCCCCGCAGCGGCACGGGCCGCAGCCUCAGCUCCCCCAACUGCUUCGGGCCGCAGCCCGGGGGGCCCGAGAUGCGUCGCGUCAACUCGGCGGGCCGAGCGGCCCCCGGCGGCCUGCGAGGACGGAGGAUGUCCCUGGAGGGCGCCCCCCGCGGGGAGGCCAAGUACAAGGCGCCCGGCGGCGACCACGCCCUGGGCUCGGCUACCGGCAGGUCUCCCCGCAGCACCCCCCACUAUGGAAACCCCAUCAACACGUUCACCGUGAGGCCUGGGACCCGCCACCCCAUCUCCUAUGCCUACUCAGGGGCCCAUUGGAAUGCCCCGUCCUGAGCCCCGGGUUCUGACAGCUCUACUCCAGGGGGUCGGAUUCCAGUACUUGUUUUUCAUGGGGGUGGGAGGGAUGAAGCCGGACUUAGGCAGCCUGACUCAAGACACAGAGGAGCCUUUGUUCCCAGAAGACAGAGGGAUGGACAGCUACCGAGGAGCACUGGCCCCAGGAAGAUCAAGGGUGGGCCUGUUUCCCAGGGUGCUGUGGGCUGCUUGCCGUUGGGUGGGGAGGGGAGGAGGGAGGAG